GUCACCGGAAGUAAGUGAUAAAGGCUUUGCUCCUCUAGUUUCUCUGCCCUCGCCUAGUGGAUUUAACUUACAGGUCUGUUUGGGGAGAUCGGCGGCGGGGGCGUGGCUUUAGCCGCAGGGCAGGAUUGGUGACUCUCAGGCCCCGCCCCCGCGCCUGACUCUCUGCCCAGGCUUGUCCUAGGGCUAAAACGCGCAGCAUGGCCCGAAAGCGAGCGUCCUGCGUGGCGCAGCUGGGCCAGCGGCCCCCCAAGAAGGCCCGGACCCAGCAAGCGGAGCCCGAUGUCUUUGAAGAUCAGAAGCCAAAGAAGACUCGUGUCCCCAGAGCCCCGAGUGGGAGGAGGAAGAAGAGGAGCAGCGACUCUGGGGGGCUCCGAGGUGGUGCCUCAAAGAAGGCGGGAGUCAAGGCACAGAAGAAAUCUGAAAAGCGUCCCAGCGUGAAGGAGGAAGCCUCUAGUGAGGGAGAAGAUUUCACUAACUUCACAAGUGCUGCCAAGAAGGAGAUCCAGCCAAAGACAGAAGCCUCCGUGAAAAGAGACGGCAGUAGAGAAAAUGAUGAAGAUGAAAGCGAGGAUGAUUGGGAGGAGGUCGAAGAACUUAAUGAGCCUGCACCAGAUGAAAUGGGAGGAACCCCGGGCCCCUUUCAAUCAGCUCUGUCCACCAAGCCGGUGGAGAUAGAGAUCGAAACGCCGGAGCAGGUGAAGGCAAGAGAGAGAAGAGAAAAAAGGCAGACGGAAUUGGAAACAUACCUUCGGAGAAUGAUGAAGCGCUUCAAUAAGGAAAUCCGUGAAGAGACGCACAAGGUACACCUGCUUUGUCUGCUAGCAAAUGGUUUCUUUCGGAAUAACAUCUGUAAUGAGCCAGAUCUCCAGGCCAUCGGCCUCUCCAUCGUACCAGCUCACUUCACCAAAGUGCUUCCUAAUAAAGUGGAUGUCCCUUACCUUUCAAACCUGGUAAAAUGGUUCAUCGCCACAUUCACUGUCAAUGCAGAGCUUUCCAUAGAUGAGCGAGACAGCCUGCGCUCCACCUUAGGAAGGCGUUUUGCUAUUUAUUCAGCACGAGAUAAUGAAGAAUUAGUCCAUAUAUUUUUGUUGAUUCUCCGAUCACUGCAGCUUCUCACCCGGCUGGUGUUGUCUCUGCAGCCCAUUCCUCUGAAGUUGCUAGCUGCAAAGGGCAAGAAAAAGUCUCAGUGCAGCUCCCCAGAGAAUCCUGGAAGUUCUUCUCAGCCCCCCAGCCAAAAGGCCCAAACCCAGAUCAGAUCAAAGACUAGCACAGGAGAAGCGGCAGCCUCUUCCAAGAGGGCAGCAGAGAGCAAAAAACCAGAGCUGCAGAAGGCAGCAGCAGGCAGGAAAAAACAGCCUUCUCCCAGGGAGGAGGAAGACACGGCGAUAGAGAGGGAGAGAGCCCAGAGACCCGUAAGGGAAAGACGGAGGACAUCAAAGGUGUCCUACAAAGAGGAGAGUGGGAGCGAUGGGGCCGAGAGCAGCUCCGAUUUCGAGCUCUCCAGUGAGAAUGACAGUCACUUAUCCGAUGAAGAUUCUCAGCCUGGCACCCGGAGACCAAGGAGGUCAGCGCCAGCCCAGAGGACAAAGGCAGCAUCUGCAGGCAGUAGAAGGAGAGUCAGUACAUCAGCAAAGAAUAAAAGAGUUAGUGGUCGGCCUUCCAUCCUUCCAGCAGCAUCCCUAGAGGCUUCAGGCACCAAGAGGGGCAAGAUCAUUUCUAGCGAUGAAGAAGAAGAAAUCGGGAAAGCAGUUGGUGUGGACGAGUGGCUAGAAGUGUUCUGUGAGGGGGAGGAUAGGUGGGUAUGUGUAGAUUGUGUCCAUGGCGUGGUGGGCCAGCCCUUGACCUGUUAUAAAUAUGCCACCAAGCCCUUGUCCUACAUCAUUGGCAUUGACAAUGAUGGGUGUGCCCGGGAUAUCACACAGCGGUAUGACCCGGCCUGGAUGACAGCUACCCGCAAGUGCCGUGUAGAUUCACAGUGGUGGGCUGAGACCUUGAGACCCUACCAAAGCCCUUUUGGGGCAAGGGAAAAUAAAGAAGAAAUGGAGUUCCAGGCAAAGCUCCAGAGCCAGCCCUUGCCAACUGCUAUCGGCAUGUAUAAGAACCACCCUCUUUAUGCCUUGAAGAGGCAUCUCCUGAAAUAUGAGGCCAUAUACCCAGAGACUGCCGCUAUCCUUGGGUACUGUCGUGGGGAAGCUGUGUAUUCUAGGGACUGUGUCCACACUCUGCAUUCGCGGGAUACCUGGUUGAAGGAAGCACGAGUAGUCAGGCUUGGGGAAGUUCCAUACAAGAUGGUGAAAGGAUAUUCCAAUCGUGCCCGGAAGGCCCGGCUGGCUGACCCCCAGUUCCGGGACCAAGAUGACCUGGGUCUGUUUGGCCGCUGGCAGACAGAGGAGUACCAGCCACCUGUGGCAGUGGAUGGGAAGGUCCCCCGGAAUGAAUUUGGAAAUGUUUACCUCUUCAUGCCCAGCAUGCUGCCUAUUGGCUGUGUCCAGCUGAAACUGCCCAAUCUGCAUCGAGUUGCCCGAAAGCUGGGUAUCGACUGUGUCCAGGCUAUCACUGGCUUUGACUUCCAUGCUGGCUACUCACAUCCUGUAACCGAUGGGUACAUCGUGUGUGAAGAGUACAAAGACGUGCUUUUGGCUGCCUGGGACAAUGAACAGUCACUCAUUGAACAAAAGGAGAAAGAGAAAAGAGAGAAGAGAGUCCUAGGCCACUGGAAAUUACUGGUGAAAGGGCUCCUCAUAAGAGAAAGGCUGAAGCAACGCUUCGGUAACAAGGGAGAAGCUGCCACAGCAACUCCAGAGGGAGGAGCAGGAUUCUCGUCGGACGAGGAAGGGACCAGCUCACAGGCAGCAGCCAAAACUUUGGCUGCCUCCUGGCCCCAGAACCGAGAAACUGAAGAGCAGCAGAAACGCAAAGGAACUAGGAAGACCAAAAGGGAAAAGAGAGAGGAAGCCAAACACCUGUUCCCCUUUGAAAAGUUGUAAUUUUGAGUAGACAGCACCCAGAUAGUCUCCCAUCACUGUGGCUGUACACUCCCUCGACUGGCCCAAAUAAAGGCAGCUGGGCAGCGGCUCAGUAGACAUAGGGUGGAGAAGAGAAGAGGAAGUGGUUCCAAAUUCCCGGGAUGGCUCAGGUAUGCUGCAGGACCACUCCUCACAUAAGACUUUAGCUUUCACUCAACCUCUCGGCCCUUUUUAGUUUUUAAAGCCAGAUAUUUUUCUACUUAGGAAUCUUACCUUUCAAGUGGUAUCUUUCAACAAUCUGACAUGCUGAGUAAGUGGAUUUCUUUGGAAGUCCUUAGGAACUUUGGGCAGUGCUGGAAAAUGUUCUUUGUGAGAAGCAUCAGAUUUUAAUAGAUUCUGCAUGUGUUCUGCAAAUGCAAAAGCCCUCUGCUGUCAGUUUAAACACAAUUUCCAUUUAACAAACAGCCAUCUUCUUCCCUCACUGACUUGUCAUCUGCAAAGGUUUAAUGCAAAUAACUUUUCCCUGGCCUUAACUGUAUUUUUUCCCUGAAUUUUCAUUAAAACAGAAGAAUUACAGCUUAGUUCUUACAAUAUUAUGAUCUUUGGAUUCACUUUAGGAUGUAGGUGCCUAUGAAAAGGGCUAAAAUCAGAGAGAAAUAAAUCCCACAAAUGUCAAAUACUGAAGAAACAGCAACAAUCUUGAUUGAGCCCCCAACUAUUGUCCUGGUUAAAUAGAAAAUGUUUUACAUUGUAGAUAGUCGAGGAGCAUAAUUUUUUAAAAUCACUUUAGGGGGACCAAUAAAGCUUAAAUAAAGACUGA